ACUAUCACGUGCAUAAAUAGUAGUAAAAGAGAGCGCGCGCGUUUGCAUCAUCAUCUGUUUGCCAACGGUACCAAGGAACCUGCGUGAAUGGUUUUUACCAUUUACACCAUCAUGUGUAUAUUCUUCGACUCCAUAGUGUCGCGCGCACAGCAGCAUCGAACGAAAAAAUAAAAGCAGCAAUGUGACGUUGAAGCGGCUUGGACUCGAGAGCACACGGGACAUGUGGGUCAAGGUAACUUUGGUAAAGUUUUCCAAUUUUCACCACCUGACCGAUGGUGGUGGUGGUUGGGCUUAAGUUUUUUUUCGGGAGAGAGGGAAGGGGAGGGGGGAGAGUUCUUAUCUCCAGCCCUCUCUCUCCUCCUCCUUUCCCCCCACCUCUGGAAUUGAUAACCUCCCCAGCUCUAUACACAACUCGCCUCUAAAUACCCCUUAAGAAGGAUUCAUACGACCAGUAGAUCCGCUAGUCUAUCUUUCGACUUCAACCCAAACGGUAGCUCUCCGAAACACUCUCGUCCGGAAUUCAUUCAUUGGUUUCUCUGCCAUCAAAAAGCGGUACUCAAGCCACCACCACCAGCCGUUGAAGACUUUUUCCUAUUUGGUGCGGUCGCUCCAUUCCAGAAAAGAACAUUUCACCUGCGAAAUUUUACCAACUUUCUAGUUGAACAGAAAAAAAUGGCUCGUUUACAACUGGUAUGGCAACUAGCGUUGGUCUGCGUUAUUCUCUUCUUGGCUGGACAAGCACAGGCACAGUUACCCGCCAGCAAUGCAGCCGUCGAAGCGGCCAUCCGUAACCCGCGCUACAUGCGCCGUCAGAUUAAUUGCCUUCUUAAUGAGUCACCCUGUGACAACAUUGGACGCACUAUGAGGCAACUGGUACCAGCACUCAUCAAGGGCCAGUGUCCUGGAUGCUCUCCGCAACAACACCAACAGGCCAUGAAAGUUAUGAAUGUGGUCUCUCAACAGUAUCCACAAGAGUACUCGAGGAUCUACUACACCUACAACCAGCAGCAGGGAUAAAUUAAAUUAAAUAUUUUAAUAAUACAGUAAACUAUCUAUAUAAACCCGAUCCUGUUCAUCCUUCCUCCCAAUUUCCGAAAAAAAAUACGAAACAAAAAGUGCAUUAAAAAAACUCCGAAACCUUUAAAAAUUCUCCCUUUAUCAGUUAUUAAUAAUCAAAAUGCGUGACGGACUAUUUGAUUAUUUUGGUGGCAUGCGUGAGUUCGAAAUUUCCAUAAUUCGAUCGAAAAUGUGUGUAACUUUGUAUUUCAUUAUUUCAUUUAUAUGAGAAAGUAAAAUCGAACAAAUACAUGUAAUUAAACGUCUA